GCGGUCGCACGCGCAGUGUCUGCAGCAGCCGGAGGUUCGAUGCAAUGCGUGGCUCCUCGCGUCGGGCCUCCUCGUCCCCAUGGUAGCCCCCGCAGAGCCCGCCUAUGAACCUGGACGACAGGAACAGGCUGACCGAGUUUAGCCGCAACUUCAGCGAGUCGUCUAUGUACGCCUCCUAUGUGACGGCCUGGAACAGAGUGGUCUUGUGCUACGAGGGCUCCGCUUCUGCCCCGCAAGGUAAAAACUGGGGCAUGGACAGGCUGACAGCAAUCCGCAACUUCUUCCGCCGCUGGUUUUGUCGGAACAAGGAGGUCGCCGCCGCUGCCGGACACAAUGCGGACCACGCCGAGUCUGCUGCCGGUGGCGCUGCCAACCACGCAAACGUGGUUACCAAACAUGACGAGCAGCUGGGAGAUCACAAGGAUCCCAACGACGACUACCAGAACCAAGUUGCAAGGCCAGCGCAACUGAAGAGUCCCUUCACGCACAGUCUCAAAUGUGGACAUUUCUAGUUUCUGUUGGCAUUGCUUUCGCAGCCACCUUGGAUUUAUCUCGCGCUAUGUCACGCGUUGUGCCGAUGGGACAGAAGUCAAAGUUGCCGCCGCUGUGACUACCUACAGCUGUCUGUAGAUGGCGCGGCAUGUCUAAUAAAAUCACUGC